AUGAAUAAAUUCAUCAUACUCUCAUUGUUUCUUGCUUUAGUAGCAAGUCAAACAUACAGUAUAACAUCAUGCACAUGUGCAUAACUGUUAUCUGAAGGAGAUUGCAUCAAAAAUGCUUCCCUUGGAUGUGCAUGGGAUGCUACAAAGAAAGCAUGCGCAGUUUCAACAACUCCUGUCACUCCAACAGUGACUUAUGCUGCAUAUUGCGAUACAUUUGCUGAAACAGAUUGUCCAAAAGCUAAGCCAUGUACUGAUUGUGGAAGCUAUGCCGCUUGCGCUUGGACUGAUAGCAAAUGUACAUACUUCACUGGAUGUACAGCAUUUGCUAAAACACUUGAUUCUGAAUGUUAAGCAAUAAGUAAUAGAUGUAUUACCGAUGGAACUCAUUGUGUUGAAAUUGAUGCUUGUAGUACUUAUAAAAAACAACUCCCAUGUGUGAAAAAUACUGCAGGAAGCUUGUGCUAUUGGGAUACAACAAAUAAUACAUGUGUUGAUGCUAAUACUUGUGAUAAAUUACCAGCAACAUUUGCAACAGAUAAAGAGUGCAGAGAUGUGAUUUCAACAUGCACAACAAAAACAGGAGGUGGAUGUGUUGAUAGUGGAAAUAACUGCAGUGAUUAAACAUUAGAAAUUUAAUGUGUUUGGAAUAAAUUAAAAACAACAGCUUGUUAUUGGGAUGGAGCCGCUUGCAAAGAUAGAAUUUGUGACAAUGCACCAACAAGUUUGACUACUGAUGAUGCCUGUAAAACAUUUAGAACUGAUGGAACAUGCACAACUAAAGCCAAUGGAGGAUGUGUAACUAGAACUACUUGUGCUGCUGCAGCUAUUUAAGCCUCAUGUAUUAAGAAUAGUUCAGGUGGUGACUGUUAUUGGACAGGAACUGCUUGUGUAGAUAAGACAUGUGCAAAUGCACCAGUUACAAUGACAACUAAUUCAGCUUGUGCAGGAUUUGUUACAGGAUGUAUCACUAAAUCAGGAGGAGGAUGCGUUGCCAAUGGCGCAUGUUCCGUUGCUAAUGUUUAAGCAGCCUGUGUUAAGAACUCCAGCAAUUUUGAUUGCAUUUGGGAUACAACUUGUAAAGAGAAGACAUGCGCCAAUGCCCCAACAACCAAUAACACUCAUGAUUUAUGUACUUCUUAUUUAUCUACUUGUACUGUUAAAUCAGGAGGUGGAUGUUAAAAUAGAACAUGUGCUAAUGCUCCAACAACAUUGACAACAAAUGAUGCAUGUGAAGCUUAUUUAACAGGAAAUAAUUGUAUAACAAAAACAGGAGGUGGAUGUGUUACAAAUACUACUUGUGCUGCUAUAACAUUAGAAGCUGCUUGUGUUAAGAAUUCUACUGGAUCAACUUGUUUCUGGGAUACUGCAAGUUCAAGUUGUAAAGAUAAAAUUUGUGUGAAUGCUCCAGCAACUAACACUACUCAUGAUCUAUGUUAAGCUUUCUUAAAUACAUGUACAGUAAAUUCAACUAGUGCUGGAUGCGUAGAAAAAACAUGUGAAAAUUCUUUAGUUUUGGCUAUUUGUGAUAAAGAUACAAGUAAUAGAGCAUGCAUUUGGAAAGGAAAAUGCUAUAAGAAAUAAUGUGUUUUGGCUUCAUCUGCUACUACUACUCAUGCUGAUUGUUAAACCUAUCACUCAUCUUGUACUUUGAGUAAUUAAGGAACAGGAUGUGUUCCACUUCCACUUAAAUGUGAAGCUAUAACUCUUGAAGCUGCUUGUAAUAUGAAAGCUAAUGGUUAACCAUGUGGAUGGAAUGGAUCUUAAUGUAUUGAUAAAGCUUGCUCAACUGCCUCGAAGACAUUCGCAACUACUACAUAAUGCUAAGGACACAUAUCAACUUGUGUUGCUAAUAAUCCAGCAACUGUUAAUGGCUCAUUGACAAUUUAAGGAUGUUAAGAUUUACCAACUACAUGUGCUGCUAGAAAAUCAACUGAAAAUUGUGAAAUUUCAAGAGCUUAAUUCCCAACAUGUCUUUGGGUUGCAUCUUCUACUUCAUGUGUUGAAAAGUCAUGUGCAACUGCUAGUACUGCAGGAACAACUGGAGCAUUAUCAGCAGGAGGAUUUACUUUUUCUGCUUGUUAAGCUUAUCUCAAUACUUGUAUUUCCAACAAUACAGCAGAUGGAUGCAUGGUUAAGCCAUCAAGUUGUUCAUCAUUAGUGUCAUCAAAUUGUUAACUUGGUUCUAAAGCAAGUGGAGAUUGCUAUUGGAAUGGAAGUAGUUGUGUUGAUAGAACUUGUGCAAAUAUUACUCAAACUACACAUAACAGUUGUUAAAGUACAUUUAAUUAAUGCACAGUCAAUAAUGGAGGAACUGCUUGUUAACCCCUAGCAACUGCCUGCACGUCUUAUUCAACCUAAGAAAAUUGUAAAUUUACAUCCACAAACAAGAAUUGUGUUUGGACUGGAUUAGCUUGUAGAAAUGCGACUUGUGCUGAUGCCCCAGAUACUGCCUCAUAUGAUACUGAUACCGAAUGUUUGGCUUACCCAACACCAAGUGAAACUUGCACAGUUGUCUACAAAGUUGGAGCUUAAGGAUGCGUACCAAAAUCAGCAAAUUGUUCAGAUUAUAUGACAUAGGCCUAAUGCCACAAAACCAUCACAAAUUUAACAGCUAAUGAUGAUUGUAAGUGGGUCGUUGAUAGAUGCUAUGCAAUAUCCUCUUUUGCUACUGGAGCUUGUACAACAUUUAAGGGUACUUAAACAAUGUGUUAAGGAUAUAGAGCAGGAUGUACAAAUACUGGUGGUGCAACAUCCUCAACUGCUUGCACUUUAGAUUGUACUUUAAAAACAGGAACAGGUUUGACAUUUGCAGAUUGCUAAGCAUUAGAUUCUACAUGUUCUGUAAAAAAGGAUGGUACUGGUUGUAUUGUUAUCUAAUCAGCUUGUACUGGAUAUGGAACAACAGCAGCUAAUUGUUUCAGGUCAAGCGCAAGUGGAAAUGCAGGAUAUUGCGCAUUAAAUGGUUCUUCUACUUGUGUGACAGUGAGUGCAGCUGCUGAUUGUGCAUUUGUUACUGGAUUAACAGGUUUGGAUCACACUAAGUGUUAACUAUAUCACACUUCUUGCACAGCCUUAAAAGAUGGCACUGGAUGUUAGGAAUAUAAGACAACUUGUUCUGGCUAUGCAGCAACAAACAAUUGUGCUACUUCUGGAUAGGGUAAAUGCUACUUUGAUGGUACAGAUUGCCUACGUUUUACUAAUUGUGCUUCAGUUACUGGAACAGGAUUAACAACUACUAUUUGUGCAACUUAUGAUGCAGGUUGUAUAGCAAAUGUAGAUGGAACAGCUUGUUAGGAAAAGUUAGCAACUUGCGAUCUAUAUUUAACUCAGAAGUCUUGUUCUACUUCAGCAGCUGCAGCAACAGCAGAUAAAUGCGCUUGGAGCGGAACUGCUUGUCUUGCAAUAGUAACAGCAAAUAUUGCUACUCACUGUGCUUAUGUUACUGGAACUGGACUAACAGAUGCAAUAUGUGCUGCUUAUAAUGUAGAUUGUACAGCUAAUAGAGCUGGAACAGCAUGUCAAGAAUAAAAGGCUACUUGUGACUUAUACACAACAGAAGCUACAUGUUCUACUUCAGCAGCUGCAGCAACAGCAGAUAAAUGCGCAUGGAGUGGUACAGCAUGCCUAGCAGUCACAACUGUUGCUACACAUUGUGCAUAUGUUAAAGGAACUGGAUUGACAGAUACUACAUGUGCUGCUUAUAAUGCAGAUUGUACAGCUAAUCGAGCUGGAACUGAAUGUCAAGAAUAAAAGGCUACUUGUGAUUUAUACACAACAGAAGCUACAUGCUCAACAUCAAAAGCUGCAGCAACAGCAGAUAAAUGCGCAUGGAGUGGUACAGCAUGCCUAGCAAUAGAAACAGCAAAUAUUGCUACUCACUGUGCAUAUGUUAAAGGAACUGGAUUGACAGAUGCUACAUGUGCUGCUUAUAAUGUAGAUUGUACAGCUAAUCGAGCUGGAACUGAAUGUCAAGAAUAAAAGGCUACUUGUGACUUAUACACAACAGAAGCUACAUGUUCUACUUCAGCAGCUGCAGCAACAGCAGAUAAAUGCGCAUGGAGUGGUACAGCAUGCCUAGCAGUCACAACUGUUGCUACACAUUGUGCAUAUGUUAAAGGAACUGGAUUGACAGAUACUACAUGUGCUGCUUAUAAUGCAGAUUGUACAGCUAAUCGAGCUGGAACUGAAUGUCAAGAAUAAAAGGCUACUUGUGACUUAUACACAACAGAAGCUACAUGCUCAACAUCAAAAGCUGCAGCAACAGCAGAUAAAUGCGCAUGGAGUGGUACAGCAUGCCUAGCAGUCACAACUGUUGCUACACAUUGUGCAUAUGUUACUGGAACUGGAUUGGUAGCUGCAACAUGUGCUGCAUAUAAUGUAGGUUGUAUUAAUUUAAAAGAUGGUACCGGCUGUUAGGAAGCCAAAGCUGGUUGCAAAGAUUACUCCACAUAAAACAAAUGCUCUGCAUAAUCAACUGGUUCCCUUUCAUGUAUUUGGGUUGAUAGCUCUUGUUAUACACUUGGUGAAAAAAAUUGUAGUUCUAUAACAGGAACUGGACUUGAUCAUGCUCAAUGUUAAUCUUACAGCGCAGGUUGUACAUCUAUUACUGAUGGAACAAAAUGUUAAGACUUAAAAUCAUCUUGCGAAUAAUAUGCAGGUACAACCGCAAGUUGCACAAAAACUGCUACCUCAAAAUGUUAUUUAUAGGGCUCUACUUGCAUCACAAUUUCAAAUGUUGCCACUGAUUGUGCUAAAAUAACAGGAGGUGCUGGAACUGUAACAUAUGACAUUUGCUAAUCUUAUAAUACAGGAUGCAGUGCAAAUAGAGCAAGAAGUGCUUGUGUCUAACAAUAAGCUCAGUGUUCAGGAUACACUGUUCUUACUAGUUGUUAUAAAUCAGGGGCUGGUUUGUGUAUUGCAAGUACAAAUACCGACACUGCUUGUGUUGCAGCAUCAUCUGCAACAACUUGCGAUGCUGUUUAUUUAGGUACAGGAAAUUACAGCAAUGCAAAUUGUGUUGAAAUGAAAGCUGGAUGUACAAAUAAUGGAACUACUGCAUGCGUAGCAAAAUCUUGUGCAAAUGCUGCCGGAAUCACAUUUAAUCAUGCCAAUUGUAAUUCAUAUCUCAAUACCUGUACUGUAAAUUCUGGAGGUACUGCAUGCUAAACUAUGAUACCUAAAUGUGCUGAUUAAACUUCAACUGCUUGUCUUUACUCUGUUGAAGGGGAAUGUGUAGUAAUAGGAACAUCAUGCGUACGAAAGACUUGUGAUACUGCAGCAAUUGAUGCUACUCGGGAUGAUGACUCUGAAUGUUCAACUUACUAAUAAUCAUGUACUGUUGCUAGAUUAGGAGCUUGCCAAGCCAGAGCUGCUUGUGGUACUUACAAGUCAUCGCUCUAAUGUAAGUUCAAUACCAGUGGUGGAAAAUGCUUUUGGAAUCCAACAAAUAAGACAUGUGUUGAUUUGAAUUGUGGUAAUAUUGAAACCUCAACCUCAUUCGAUACUCAUAAUGAAUGUGUUGCUGUUGAUUCAACACUUGCUUGCACAGUCAGAGCUACAAAUGGUGCAGCUGUUUAAGGUUGUAUGGCCAGAGGAGCGUGCGCUUCAUAUACCAUUGAAGAACAAUGUAAAACAAAUGCAAGUAAUGGUAUUUGCGUUUGGAAUACAAAUGCUAAUUUACCUGCACCUGCUUGCCAAGAUAAAUCUUGUACUAGUGCUCCAACUUCCACUACAACCCAUAAUGAUUGCUAUGCCUACUAUAAUACAGCAACAGUAAAAUGUACUGUUGUUGCUACUCCAAGCAAUAGUGGUGGUAAUCCAACUUUAGGAGGAUGUUAAUAGACAGCUGCUUGUUCAAGUUAUAUUGAUAAGGAAUAGUGCUAAAUAAAUGCCAAUGGAGAUCCAUGUGGAUGGAACGGUACUUAAUGCGCUGACAAAGCAUGCUCUACUGCUCCUGCAACAACAGAUUAUGAUGAUGAUACCAAAUGUAGAGCCUACCUAUCUAAUAAAUGCACAGUCUCAGAUAUUGGAUUAGGUUGUGUAGAGAUUCCCGCAACUUGCGAAACAAUGACAUAGAAGCAAUGUUAUUCUAAUAAAGCUGGAGAUCCAUGCUAUUGGACAGGAACAACUUGUAUUACAAAAUCAUGUGACAAUGCUCCAGACGCAACAGCUACAGCAGAUGAAUGCAAUACUUAUUUGGCUGGAUGUACUUUAGAUAAUGUUAAAUGCAAGACAAAAGUUUGCGAAGAUUUUGCCUUCGCCACAGAUGCUUUAUGUAAACAAGCUAUUUCUACAUGCACAACAAAUGGAACAAAUUGUGUUACAAGAGGAACAUGCUUCUAAGCCUUAAGUCAAGCUGGAUGCGUUUCAUCCACAACAGGUUAAUAAUGUGAAUGGAUACCAGCUGUUUUGAAUGCAUCAAAUGUAGUAACUACUCCUGCUUAUUGUACCAUUAAAAAUUGUAGUACUGCUCCAAUCACUUUAACAAGUGAAGCUGCCUGCGCUGGAUACUUUACAAAUUGUACAACUAAAAAUGGCGGAGGAUGUGUUACUAAAUCAACUUGCGCAGCAGUCACUAUUGAUGUUGCUUGUACAACUGCUUUGAAUGGUACUAUAUGUGCUUGGGACAGUGCAUAAAAUAAAUGCAGAGAUAAAGAUUGCUAAGAUUUCAGUGGAACUACUCAUGCUGCAUGUUAAGCCUAAAGAGCUGGAUGCACAGCUGGAGCUAGUGGAAAAUGCGCUAGGGUAUAAAAUUGUGAACAAACCUAAGUAAGAUCAGCUUGCAUUGAAGGAACAAAUGGACCAUGUUUAUGGAUUGAUAAAUAUGUUAACACUGAUGGAAGUAAAGGAGCUUGUUUCAGAUACACAUCAUGCAAAAGUUUAGCUUGGAAUAGCGAUACUUCAUGCAAGUGGAUAAGUAAUAAAUGCACAACUAAUGGCUCAAAUUGUGUUGGAAUUACUUUGUGCUCAGAAACUAACACUGAUGGAGGUUGUGUCACUGGAUAUGAUGGAGCUUGUAUUCAAUCAGUUCCAGCUUUGAACUCUUCAGAUCCAAAAGUUUGCAAACCAUAUAUAUCUUGUGCUGAUGCUUUCUACACAACUCAUUCAGAUUGUUAAAUUGCUAGCAGUAAAUGUACAACAAAUGGAACAACAGGAUGUAUUGCUUUAGGAUCUUGUUCAUCAUAUACUGCAUAGGCUGGAUGUUACUUCAAUGAUAAGGGAGCUCAAUAUUCAUCUGGAGCUAUUGUAUCAACUGGAGUUUGUACUUGGGAUACCAUAUCAAGUAGUUGCAGAGAUUAAUCAUGUGCUGACUUAACUGGUACAACCCAUGCAACAUGUUCAUCAUAAUUAUCAACCUGCACAUCAGAUGGAACUACAUGUUUACUCAAAGGAGUCUGUACAUCAUACACCACUUAAAUUGCUUGCACAACAGCUGUUGGAUCUGAUGGAUCAUGUUAUUGGGAAUUAGCAUCUGCUACAAAUAACAAUACUGCCAAAUGUAGAUUACUUACUUGUGCUGAUAUUCAAAAUGGAACAGCAACCAACGUUUGCUCUGUAGCCUUGUCAACUUGUGUUUCAAAUGGAACUGCUUGCAUUCCAAAAGCCAAUUGCUCAACCUACACAUCUAAGACAGCCUGCAACUCAGGAGGUUUAGAUGGUAUUUGUGUAUUCACUUAAUCAACUGCAACUGGAGCUGCUGCUGGUACUGGAACUUGUGCAUUAAUGACAGCAUGUACAAUUGCAAAUAAUGAUUAAACAGCUUGCUAGGCUGCCAGAGAUAGAUGCGCUUGGACUGCUGCUUCAGGAACUGGAACUACUGCAGUUGCUAGUAAAUGUGCCACUCAUACUUGUGCUACAAAUUAAGCUACCAAUGGAGCUUGCACAAGAUUCUUGAAUUGGGAUAAAAAAACCUAAUAAAUUUGUACCCUAGUAAGUGGAGCAUGCACAGCAACAGAUCCAUCAACAUUGUCAACUAACGAUUGCUUCUUGGUUUCUGGAUAUACAUAUACUUGGAAUGCUUCAACAAGCAAAUGUGGAGUUUGCACAGCAGUUGUAGUCUAACCAAAUAAUUCAAACAAUGAUACUAACAAUACAGACAACAAUACAACAACAGACUCAGGAUACAUACUUGGUUUAUCUGUCGUCUUAGGAUAUCUCAUGUUCUGA